CGGAGAAGCACUGGGAUGUCCUACUUCGGUUCGCGGACAGGAAUGCCAAGAUGAUUAUUUUCCGAGAGGACUCAGGGUGUAUAACGGUGAAUUAUUCGGAAAGAAAUGCAUAGUACUAAUGAAGUUUCGCUUGCCAUUUUUCUAACUGAAUUACGAUAGUUUUGGAAGGACAUCAUCAACUGGAAAAGAUGGCCGAACAACCGAAGUCUCUUGACGUGGGACGUUUCAAUCUAAAGCUUGAUUUUCCUCCGUUACCUGAUGUAAAAACAUCACCACAACUUGCAUAUUUGCGGACCCAUUCCGCAGGUAAAUUACGUUUUUCGUCGAAUGAAGAGUAUGAUUUUACAUGUAAUGAUCUCAUCGACAAAGGCGAGAUCGGUCGUGGGAAUUUUGGAACGGUUAGCCGGAUGCUUCAUACGAAAUCCGGAACUGUGUUAGCUGUUAAACGUAUCCGAUCAAAUACUGUGAACGCAACAGAGCAAAAACAUUUGCUUAUGGAACUUGAAGCAAUUAUGAGUAGCCAGUGUGAAAACAUUGUUCGCUUUUAUGGUGCUAUUUUUACCGAAGGUGAUUGUUGGAUAUGCAUGGAAUUAAUGGAUAUUUCUCUGGAGAGUCUUUAUAAAAUAGUUUAUGAAAAAGGGAGUUUUCUUCCGGAAGAUAUGAUCGGAUAUAUAGCAGUUUCGACAGUGAAUGCUCUCAGCUAUCUUAAGGAAGAUUUAAGAAUAAUUCAUCGAGAUGUUAAACCAUCCAACAUUUUGUUGGAUCGAAAGGGACAUAUAAAACUAUGUGAUUUUGGUAUAGCCGGUCAUUUGAUUGAUUCCAUUGCUAAAACUCAGGAUGCAGGUUGCCGGCCAUAUAUGGCGCCUGAACGACUUCAAUCGAAUGAGCCGUAUGACGUUCGAUCUGACGUUUGGUCGUUGGGCAUAACUCUAUUUGAAGUUUCAACAGGACGUUUUCCAUUCUCAACCUGGGAUUCACCAUUCCAACAAUUACAAGAAGUGGUGAAUGGUGAGCCUCCCAUUAUGCCACCCGGAAUCUAUUCCACAUGUUUGGUUACAUUUAUCAACCACUGCCUAAUCAAGGGCAAAGACGAACGGCCCAAAUACAAUAUUCUGAUGACCAUGGAUUUCUACAAAACAUACAACGUGCAGGAUGCGGAUGGGGUUGCUCAGGCGCAGACAGUUGUUGGAAUAUUUGUUUCUAACGUUCUAGGAGAUAUCGGUAUUAUUGAAAGCGACAGCGAUACGUACAAAGCACUUAGGUCUGACUGGGUACAAUUUAUCUGAAUAUUUUUAUACGGGUUAUAAUAGGACAUGCUAGACAUGCUACUUUUUAAAAUCACUUGAUACUCGUUGUUUCCUCCUCUUCCGAUUUUAUUACUUUUCUUCCCUAAGACAACCACUGUAUUUGGACGAAACACUUAUCUAUUCC